UCGUUAGAUAAGUCUGCAACACGUCGUCGGUACAGCAAUAUCACAGAGGUCGGGUUUAUUCAACACUUAGCGCCGGAUUGAACAAGAAUCAGCGAAUACAGCAACGGGUGAGCUGGCGGAAUGAUGAACGAAUGAAGCAAGAACAAUGGCCAACCUGACAGUCCCAAAACACAGCGGCUAAUACAGACUGUCAGCCAGAGAGGGAAGAGAAGGGGAGAGGCUGAGGUAGAAAACAGCUGUCUGAUAAAGAUACGGACGAAAUAAAAACAAACAAACAGCUAAUAUUCAGUCAGAUAAACGGUAAAUACUAUUGGUAGGCUAUAGUCAUAACAUCGCGAUGUCUAGCAACGGGUCGCGUAUAAGUAAAUAAAUAAAUAAGAAGGCGGUGAGCGUCAUCUGCAGUGUGUAGCAUCUACAUCUACUUGCACCACCUGAAGACAACGACCGACAGUAGCUGCUUGGAAAUAAAGAAACGGGGGGGAAACGACGGAGAAGAAGGUCGACAGACGAUAUUGAGGGAGACUAUCGAUUUCCUUGUGAUUCAGAAGUCAUUGAACGGCGGUUUGGUGUAUUUGAGCGCGAGGAGGUAGAAGAGGGUAUCAGUGCUGCAGCGGCCGCCGUGAUGCUGUACACAUGUAGGCACGUUUGAGGCAGUUCAUCCCCGCCCUGCGUGGAUCAGAGCCCGACCGAAGGUACAAUAACGGAAUUAAUAGGGGGACAUUGGGAGGCUCUGAUAAGGACUUGAGGCGCAGAGCUGGUGACUGGUUAGAUAACUUCAGUCAAUCUUCGCUCGAUCAUUUGACUAUUUCCAUUCAAGAAACACAUAUUGACUCAGUAAGAAGGUGAAAAGACUCUAAGGUUAUAAGAGCCUGUUCUCGCCAUUGGCUUCCUUCCUCGCACAAUCCUCUUUCGAGCACCACCUCUGCAGCUAUGGAGACCCCUACGAAGCUACCUCCGUCGAGCCCAUCAUCGCCGACCACGGGUUUCUCAGUACCGAGCGCGGAGAAGGUAGAUGGCUUUCCCCGCCGCUCGAUGCGCCGUGCCCGGCAGCGACGGUCCCAUAGUUCCUCACAGUUCCGCUAUCAGAGCUCCCAGGUGGAGCUCACGCCGCUGCCCUUACUUAAAGAUGCCCCAGUGGCCGAACUUCACGACUUGUUCUGUAAGAAGCUUCAACAAUGUAGUGUGCUUUUCGACUUUCUGGACUGUGUCGCCGACCUGAAGGGAAAAGAGAUCAAACGUGCGGCGCUGAACGAGCUGGUGGAGAGCGUGGCCACCAGCCGCGGGGUCCUCAUCGAGCCCCUUUACCCAGAGGCUAUUAAAAUGAUCUCAGUGAACAUUUUUAGAACUCUCCCACCCAGUGAGAACCCGGAGUUUGACCCAGAAGAGGAUGAACCAGCUCUGGAAGCCUCCUGGCCGCAUUUACAGCUGGUGUAUGAGUUCUUUUUACGCUUUCUUGAGAGUCCAGAUUUCCAGCCGUCUCUUGCCAAGCGCUAUGUGGACCAGAAAUUCGUUCUGCAGCUGCUGGAAUUAUUUGACAGUGAGGACCCCAGAGAGAGAGAAUAUCUGAAGACCAUAUUGCACCGCGUCUACGGCAAACUCCUGGGCUUGAGGGCCUACAUCCGCAAACAGAUCAACAAUAUCUUCCUCAGGUUCAUUUAUGAAACUGAGCGUUUCAACGGAGUCGCUGAACUUCUGGAGAUUUUGGGGAGUAUCAUAAAUGGCUUUGCUCUGCCCCUCAAAUCAGAGCAUAAGCAGUUCCUGGUGAGGGUCCUGAUCCCCCUGCACACUGCCAAGUCUCUCUCCAUUUUCCAUGCGCAGCUGGCUUACUGUGUGGUGCAAUUCAUGGAGAAGGAUGCCACAGUUACAGAACAUAUCAUCAGGGGGCUGUUGAGAUACUGGCCCAAAACAUGCACUCAGAAAGAGGUGAUGUUCCUGGGUGAGAUCGAGGAGAUUUUGGACGUGAUUGAACCAUCUCAGUUUAUCCGGGUGCAGGAGCCUCUGUUCAAAGAGAUCGCUGCCUGCAUCUCCAGCCCUCAUUUCCAGGUUGCAGAGCGGGCUCUGUAUUUCUGGAACAAUGAGUACAUUCUGAGUCUAAUUGAGGAGAACUGCCAGGUCAUCCUGCCUCUGGUGUUUGGCACUCUGUACAGAGUUUCCAAAGAGCACUGGAACCAGACGAUCAUCUCUCUUAUCUACAAUGUACUGAAGACAUUCAUGGAGAUGAACGGCAAGCUCUUUGAUGAUCUCACUGCCUCGUACAAAGUGGAGAAACAGAAGGAGCUGAAGAAAGAAAGGGAGCGAGCCGAGCUGUGGAGGAAUUUGGAGGAGCUGCAGGAGAGGCGCCUGCAGAGCCUGGCAGAGGCCAGCAGAAACCAGAAGAACCUGCAGGAAAGAGAGAACGCCACCAGGAGCCAAUCAGAGACCAGCACUACCAACACCACCUAGAAACCACAAGCAAACACACAAUCACUCAAAAAUAUCACAGCACUGUAAAAUGAUCAAUAAUUCUGACUUCGGAACCAAUCGAUGCCUCAAUCUCACACACACAAAAAAACUACACACACCAUGCAAACAGUCCGAUUCCAAGCGCCAGACAGAGCACAUAUACAACAGGCUGUCCAUAUGUAGAUAUUUGAAGCACACAUCACACCCCGAGUGAGAUAUAAAAGAGAAAAAAUGAGUACCUCUCACACGCGUCCUACUCUUUCAUAUGCUUCAUUCACGCUUUUCACACUCUCUGCAUCUUUUCUUUCUAUUCUUACACACACCUGGAUCAUAAACCUUAUCGUGCAAAACGUACCUGCCCAGGGUCCAGGCGUGGAAGCCGCAUUCGCACACUCAAAACCAAACACUUAUGCAUCGUACAUUGCCGUCAUUCCAGAACUGGUUCUGUUUCUCUCGGGCGCGAUCCGAGCCCCCGUCUACCGACCAACAGACUCUUGCAUAAAGUCAAACACUGAAGAGGAAAGUUACUAAUGAUUCUAAAGAUGAAAAUUCUAGUAAUGAUUCUAAUGUUCCUACUUCUACAGCUUAUUCUAUAAGUACUACUUCUAUGCUCCUAUAACUGAUGUUUUUAUAUAUAUAUAUAAUAUAUAUAUAUAUAUCUAUAAAUAUGAUAUCUAUGUCUGAUUAUAGUGUUGGUGGGGGUAAUCUAGUGUAGCACCUCAUAAACAUGACUGAAGUAUGCUGCUAGGUAAAACUAAACAUGUUAUGAAGUGACAGUACUUUAGUCUGUUAUUAUCUUGUUUUUUUUAUGAAAACAUUCAUCACAUUUUAAUUUAGCAAUAUUGUCAUCUGUUUGAAUAAUCUGUGUUGGGCGAUUUUUAUUUAUUAGUUUUUUUUCAAUCAAAAUGCUUGCUGAUACUCUUGUGUUUCGGUAUAAUUUUAAGAGAGGACAGAGUCCUGUUUUGUCUUCUUGUUUUUUGUACAUUUGUUUUGUUGUUGUUUAUAUUUAUUGAUGUGGAGGCUUGAUAAUGGAAAGGAACUGGUUGUGUAGGCAUCUUGAGAAAGCCUAGGAAGAGAUUGCGCUGUGUGUGAGAGUGUGCUCGUAUGUGUGGAUGUUGUAGAGCAGAGGUUUAGUGAAGAACAGGGAUUAGAUGAGAAUGUAACAUUCACUUUGAUUGUGCUUAAAUGAACUCAAAUGAACUGCCACUGUCCAUGAUUGAUUUCAGUAGUCUUUCAUUUACCAAGAAAAACAUGAAAAUAGCAAACAAUAUCACUCUUGUUCUUCUUUUAAAGAAAGUCUUCACUCUGAGAAAACCGGUAUUUGCGAAACAUCACAUUUCAUAGGAGCAAAAGAAAGAGAGAAAUGAUAUAGAAUAGAGACGGCAAUAAAUAUGGACUGAAACUGUAUGCAGAAGUAGCAUCAAUAGAGUUGCACUGUCCUUUUGAUCAAUGUCUUGUGUUUAAACAUAGCAAUGUAUUUUUGGGGGACAGAUGGGUGGCUUUGGGAUAUGAAUGUAUAAAAGUGGGAUGUAAACAUGAAUACGUCUGUUGAGUGAAUCUGCAUCAAGAACACUGUCAUUAUUUUCACUCAGCCUUUGACAUACCAGAGGAUCAUGUUUCAGCUUUCUUGUAACUUUUUAUUUGCGUCUGAAACAUUAAAAACUAACCGUUCAAAUACAUUAAUGAGGCUGAUAAAGCAGGGCACAUCUUAUGAUUCCUAUUCAUUCCUAAAACAUAAGCAGACGUUUAUGUUGUAUUUAUAAUGCUGUGUAAUGUUCCAGUUGAAAUGAAUGGGAAUUAUAAUUACAGCGAUGUCUGAUAAACGUGCUUAAAAAGAG